AUGCCAAAUGCAAUGAAGACCAUCUUUAUGAUCAUGAUUAUUGGAUUGUUCAUGAUGGGGAUUUUGGGGAAUGGAUUCAUUGGACUGGUGAAUUUCACUGACUGGGUUAAGAGAAGGAAAAUCUACUUGGUUGAUUUCAUUCUUACCGGUUUAGCCAUCACCAGAAUUGGUUUGUUGUUCUCGUUGCUACUAAAUGGAUUUUUAGUGGUUUUUCACCCAGAAGUAUAUGAGUAUGCUAACAUAAUGAGAAUUAUGGAUAACUUCUGGACAAUUUCCAACUAUUUAAGUGUCUGGUUUGCUACAUGCCUCAGUAUAUUCUACUGCUUGAAGAUAGCCAAUUUCUCCCACUUUCUUUUCCUCUGGUUGAAAUGGAGAAUUAACAGAGUGAUUCCCAUAAUUCUACUGGCAUCGUUGUUCAUGUCUGUAUUCAUUAACUUUCCAAUAAUAGAGAAAUUUAAUGAGGAUUUCAGGAGCCUGGUAAGCAGGAGGAACAAGAGAAAUACUCCAAUACUCCAAAUGAAUAAUUCUACAUACUUUAACACUCUGGUUUUCCUCAAUCUGGGAACUCUCUUUCCCUUUACUGUGUCCCUGAUCUCAUUUUUCCUGUUAAUUCUUUCCAUGUGGAGACAUACCAGGAAGAUAAAGCUCAAUGCCAUGAAUGGUAGAGAUCCCAGUACAGAGAUCCAUCUGAGAGCCAUGAAAGCUAUAAUCUCUUUCCUCAUCCUCUUUAUCAUUUACUGUUUGGCCUUUCUCAUAGCCACAUCCAGCUACUUUUUCCCAGAGAGUGAACUAGCAAUGAUAUUUGGUGAGAUAAUUGCAGUCAUCUACCCCUCAGGCCACUCAUUUAUCCUGAUUUUGGGGAACAUCAAGCUGAGGCAGACAUCCUUGAGUGUACUACAGCAAAUGAAAAAUUGCCUCAAAGGAAGAAAUCCUUAG